AUGGGGGUAGACGGAAUUCUGAAUGAAGUAUGGAAAUAUGGAGGGGAGAGGAUGGAGGAAUGGGUGUGGAGAGUGUGUAAUGAGGUUGGAAAGAGGGGGGAAUGGCCAGAGGAAUGGAAGGAGGGAGUGGUAGUACCGGUUAGGAAAAAAGGACAGGGAGAAGAGGAAAGGGACUAUAGGGGGGUGUCGAUAAUGCCAAAGGGGUUAGUGGACGGGAGAGAGGAUUUUUCUAAUAAUGUGGACCAGAGGUUGGCCAUAACUGUGCAAGAACAUGUGCGAAUUUUAUGUUUUAUAAAGUUAACAGAAAAAAUAUUGCACCAGGUAUCUCUUGUGGAAGUUGUAGGAUGUAUGUUGAACAUAUAUUUCCUUGGAUAUUACACAAUUAUGGAAUGGGAAGACGGCUUUGCAGUAUACAUAACAUACAUUGCUGUGCCUAUGAAUUUCGUCUUCAAUCUUUUCGUAUUUUGUUAUAUAGAUGAACUUGUUGCCGAGCAGUGCAAGAAGGUUAGUGAAAUAUCAUACAUGAUCGACUGGCAUCGUCUACCAGGAAGGAAAGCUCUGGCUAUUCUAUUAAUGAUUGUGAUGUCCAAUUCAUCAGUUAAACUUACUACCGGAAAUAUCAUUGAGUUAUCUAUGAGCAGUUUCGGUGAUGUGAUUAAGACAUCAUUUGCCUAUUUAAAUAUGUUACGUACACUAACUAUUUAA